AAGAGCCUUUGCCCUGCAUCCGCCAUGCUUGUCUUUCCCCGCUGCUGCAGAACUCUGCUGACCCUCAGCACCGUCCGGGUCUCCUCCAGGUUCUACUCCCCCGGGAUGGCUAAUAAACGCGUGGCCGUGGUGCUGGCGGGCUGCGGGGUCUAUGACGGGACCGAGAUCCACGAGGCUUCCGCCGUGUUGGUGCACCUGAGCCGGGGAGGCGCGACUGUGAAGAUGUUCGCCCCCAGCGCCGACCAGAUGCACGUGGUGAACCACCUGAAGGGCGAGCCGUCGGAGGAGAAGAGGAACGUGCUGGUGGAGAGCGCUCGUCUGGCCCGGGGAGACAUCCAGGACCUGACCAAGCUCAGCGUCAGCAACCACGACGCCGUCAUCAUCCCAGGCGGCUUCGGGGCGGCGAAGAACCUGUGCACGUGGGCCGUGCAGGGGAAGGACUGCUCCGUGGACGAGGGCGUGAAGGCGGCGCUGCAGGCGUUUCACAGCGCAGGGAAACCCAUCGGCCUCUGCUGCAUCUCCCCCGUCCUGGCAGCCAAGGUGUUCCCCGGGUGUGAGGUCACGCUCGGCAUCGAGAAGGACGACAAGUAUCCCAACACGGCCGACACGGCGGCGGCCGUCACCCAGCUGGGCUGCAAACACGUGAACACCAGCGUCUCCGAGAGCCACGUGGACCAGAAGAACAAGCUGGUCACCACGGCCGCCUUCAUGUGCGACGCCCCCAUCCACCAGAUCUACGACGGCAUCGGGACCAUGGUGCAGGGCGUCCUGAAGCUGGCCUGAUCAUCGAUGGUGCAGGGCGUCCUGAAGCUGGCCUGAUCAUCGGUGGUGCAGGGCGUCCUGAAGCUGGCCUGAUCAUCGAUGGUGCAGGGCGUCCUGAAGCUGGCCUGAUCAUCGGUGGUGCAGGGCGUCCUGAAGCUGGCCUGAUCAUCGGUGGUGCAGGGCGUCCUGAAGCUGGCCUGAUCAUCGAUGGUGCAGGGCGUCCUGAAGCUGGCCUGAUCAUCGAUGGUGCAGGGCGUCCUGAAGCUGGCCUGAUCAUCGAUGGUGCAGGGCGUCCUGAAGCUGGCCUGAUCAUCGGUGGUGCAGGGCGUCCUGAAGCUGGCCUGAUCAUCGAUGGUGCAGGGCGUCCUGAAGCUGGCCUGAUCAUCGAUGGUGCAGGGCGUCCUCAAGCUGGCCUGAGCUGCUGUCACGCGCCGUAGGAGCGACGGCUCAUAGAGAGUUUAGAUGUCUGAUCAGGAUGAGGUGCCGCGUUUUUGUAGUAGUCGGCUUUAAUAACCUGCUUCACGCUGCUGCCGCGUCCCGGAUGUUGAUCAUAUUUAUGUUAUAAAUGAAAAUAAAGAUUGUGAACACUCCUCUAUUAGACCUUACUGACAGGAUCUACAGAAAUUCAUGAAGAAAAUCUUAAAAGUGGAAUUUCCAUUUACUUUAAUGAAUAUGUUCUUGGGAAAAAGGGAACCAAGAAAUAAAAAAAUUCGGGGGACAAAUAUAUACUUAGAACGAUGUUAGUGGCGAGUAAAAAAGCCAUCACCUGAAAGGGAAGAUUGGAUAGACGUGACGCAUUAACAUUUACAUGAUGGAAAAGUUGACUUUCUUGCUUAAAUUUGGACAAAUUUAAGAAUUUCUGGAAACUCUGGGUUUAAUUCGUGUCACCAUUGAGAGCAGACUUUAUCCAAAUAGUAAUAUAUAUUUUUAAGAUUGCCUUGGUUCUUGCUACAGAAUUGUAAUUGUUCAUUUAAAAAAAAAAAAUGAUUAAAAUAUGUAAAAAAGAGAUUGAAACAGGACUAAUGUUGAUGGAUAAGGUACAGUGUGUUUGUAUGAUCAUCAUUCAGUUACUGUAAUGCCCAGUUUGUUUGUUUAUUCUCUCAUAUUUUACUCUUGUGUAAAGAGGUUUGAGUGACAGCAAGGUUUAAAUUCUGUUUAAUUUAUUUACUUUUUUUUUCUUCUUUCUUUUGGCUCUUUAAUGGCCUUUGUAUCGCUUAAGGAAAUUCAGAUGCAUUAGGUUAUGCAACAAUUGUGGGACAGAGGGUGAGAUGAGAGAAAUUGUGAUGUUUCUGUGAAUGUUUGGACCUUUGUGAAAUCUUUUAAAGAUUUUAUUAGUUUUCAACAUCAUCAUAAACCAGGAGGACUGACAGAUCCACAAAACAAUAUACAUAUCAUACACGCCUCCCAGUAUUACACACACACAAAAAAUUUGGGAAAAAAGCAUUAACACAAAUAAUUUAAAAAAAGAAAAAAAAACAACCAGGAACAGAAAGAAAAGUAAAUAAAUGAAUACAAAAAAGGGAGGGGGGUACAGUACAGGGAUGUAAUACGCUUUCUUUGAUUGUACAUGGCAUUUAACAUCUUUGUGAAAUUUUGAGAAUGAGAAUAAAAAAAAAGAAAAUGAA